UCAAAGUAAUUUUAAACCCCCGCUUCCAUGCCACCAGAUAUGGGAGCUGAAGUUCGCAAGACUCUGGAAUGUGUCUAUAGCUGAAUACGAUAAUAAACCAAGGGUAUUGCCUUUUCCCCCAGACCAGGUUUUGGAUGGGAAGUCUAAAGAUGGAAGAGCCAUGGUGGAAAGGAGACCUUGCAGCAGAGAUUCAUCGGACUUUGAGGUUGAAGGAGCUGAAGCUGCCCGUGUACAAGGCCCAUUCUCCGCAAAUCGGGAUGCGGCGCUAUUUUGCUGACCUCUUGGCCAUCCUUAGCAGCCGUUGCCAGCUCUGCCCCACAGCCAGACACCUUGCUGUGUACUUGCUGGAUCUCUUUAUGGACCGCUAUGAUGUUGCUGUCAAACAGCUAUAUGUCAUCUCGAUUGCCUGCCUCCUCCUUGCAAGCAAGUUUGAAGAGAAGGAGGACAAGGUGCCCAAACUGGACCAGCUGAACAGCUUUGCUUACAUGUGUAGCCUUAACCUGGCGCUAACGAAGAAAGACCUGCUGAAGAUGGAACUUGUGCUCCUGGAAAAUUUUAACUGGAAUCUCUGUCUGCCAACCCCGGCGCAUUACAUUGAUUACUACCUCUUUGCCUCCGUUAGCGAGAACGAUCUGCACAAUGGCUGGCCUAUCACGUCCGUGACCAAAGUCAGAGCUUUCAUGGAGAAAUAUUCUCACUAUUUCCUAGAGGUCUCACUGCAAGAUCAUGUUUUUCUCUCGUUUCGGCCUUCUCUGGUUGCUGCUGCUUGUGUGGGAGCCUCGCGCAUCUGUCUUGAGGUUUCUCCUUCUUGGACCGCACAGCUCCAGCAGUUAACUUGUUAUUCCUGGGAGCACCUUGCUCCGUGUAUCGAACUCAUGCUUAUAGCUCAUGAUAAGGACAUCAAAGAAGCCAACAAGGAAAAGGACCGUGUGAAGCUGUUGCAGCAGCAGCAGCAAGUUGUGGAAAGCCUCGCCCUUCAAACCCCGACUCAAGUUCUCUUCCAGCAAUCGCGUUAUCACCCCCUGGCUCAGCAUUCAGCUGUCGUUUCACAGUUCCACUCCCCAAUACAGGAUCUGUGCUCAGCUUACCGGGACUCUUUACAAGCUCCUCGACUGAGUGGCCUUGCCUCGGGCCACCAUAGCAAUUCCCUGCAUUCCUACUCCACCCUGCAGGCCAGCUAUCAGCCUGUUUUGCAAACGGUGUCCAUUCAAGGGCCUAUCACCAUGCAGGUGGCCAUUUCAGCGGAGCCUAGGCACUGCCUCGCUCUGACCUAUGGCAGUAGCUAUUUUAGUGGGCAUCAUUCUUACACAACAGGUUGUUUUGAUGGAUGAGUGCCUGCAGAGGAAGGGUGUGAGACAGGACCAGUACAUCUUGGUAGGAAAACAUUGGUGGUAUGUAAACUUGAGUUGCACCUGCCACCAUAGAAAGGAGCUCAAUGAACCAACUACUUGCCAAUAUCUUGGACAAAAACAAAUCCCUCAUUGAUUUUUCUUUUUAACAUUUAGAGCGUGGGUGCCUUUCCUGCAGAAGCAAGAUUUUUCUGAGAAGAAAUGCAAAAAUAUACCUCGAAAUUCAAGAUGCUACUUUUGCAAAAGUGACUUACUGAAAUUGGGGUAGGGUGGGGAAUGUAGACAUUGCUUCCGUCCUCCAUAGAAGGGGUGCCAAUGAACUUGAAAUAAAUAACACUGUAAUUAAAAACAGUACCCUGAAAAGCAGAAGCCUGGAGAGACUUCCGGCCAUCAGAUAUACUUGGAUGAUGGCUCCCCCGUGAACACGGUUUACAGUGGCAGCUCGUAACACUGGAGCCUUUUGUUGACACGAACAAGGCUUAUAUUUCCUUGAUACCUCUGAAACUGUCACUGGGAUUUUUUUUAAUGAAGAAUGUUCCUUGCUGUGCUUUGACUGGAAUUUUCACAGAACAAGACUUUAAACUUGGAACACAAGUCAAACCACUUUUGCCUUAAUUUGUCUGGUGAGGCAUCAGUAGACAAAACACCACUUGGGCCUCGAGUUUAUCGUAUUUUUCUUAAAAUGUAAU